AUGAAGGACGCCGAGCAUGUGCCAGACUACCAGCAAGAGGACCAUACCAACAGCGAACACCAACGUCAACAGCCUCAAGAACGAUAUCCUUUUUCUUCUUCAUCCACCCACGACUCUCCUUCAUACGAUGGCCACCACCACCAGUACCAAGAACACACCUCCUCCUCUCCCCACGACAGCAACCACCACCUCAACCACCACUACCGCCACCAUCAAGAGUCGCCAUAUCACCUGGAGCCAACUCGAGGCAACAUACCCUACCACUACACUCCAAGGGGCGGCCAUCGCCACUCGAUAGACUCUGCAGCUGCAGACACGCUGUUGAUGCUCAGUGCCGCGGCUUUUAUGGAUCCGGACGCCGUCCGCAUGGUCUCUGCUACCCAUACUGAGGACAAGCAUAGCCAACACCACCAGUACGAAGGCGACUACCACCACCGCUCUCAGCGCACAUCCUUUGUUGGAGAGGAACAACAGCACCAUCGUCAUAUUCAGCAUCGGCCUCAGAUGAUGGCCAAGACCGUCUCCGCCCCUGUCUCGUCUUUUACAGGAACACAAACUCUGAUCACCAAGGGACCAGGAAUGAGGCAUCACUCCCUCUCCUCGCCCACUUCUUCCUCUAGACACAUUCCUCCGGCUGUUGUCGCCUCAGCAACUGCAUCUUCAAAGAAAACAUCGGCAACAACUACCACGACUUCAACUUCUACGGGUACACCGACAUCACCCACGACGACCACUGUGAGCAGUAAUGGCCGCAAUGACCUCUUCCCCACCACCACCCCUGUCUCAUCUUCUUCCCAUGGCCUGUUUUCUUCUGAGGAAACAAUAACAACAACACCAGCAGCAGUAACAAACAGACGGUCGAGCAAGAGUCAAGAGCCACUGACGACGGCUCGGCUUUCGUUCACCAUCAGUAAGAAGGAGGAGGAUGGUCAUCGAGUCAUGGAGGAGCAUGAGGAUGUCGUCGAUAACCUAUUGAACAGGAAGGACCUGGCGGAGGAAGAACUUGAGGAGGGAGAAGUGGAAGAGGAAGACGAGGAGGAUGAGGUGAUGUCAGAGGGAGUGGUGUAUGUCAACAACCAUCUCACACCAAUCGGCUUGUCCCCACCCAACCAUGUACAGCAGGUGGUGCCACCUCUGAUCGUUACCUCUGGACCUGCCUUCAAACAGCAGCAGCAACAGUCGCACCAGUCGCAUGGUCAGGAUUCGCCAAAGACUCCGACCAGCGCCAGGACACCUCGGACUCCGAAGCAAGCCCGCCCCACUCCCAAGACGGCUACCCCUCGGCCAACUAAACGGAGCCAGAACGAUCCCAUCUCCGUCCUCGGCAAUGGUUCUGCUGUUGCUGCUUCUGCUAGUGUCGGCGGUUUUUCUCCCACUCGAGGCAAGAGCAGCGCACGCGACUUGCCAGUCGAUUAUUUCUAUUCGCCCUUCCCACCUUCGAUUUCCUCCCCAGCAUCGUCCCCGUCGUCGCCUUCACCUUUCCAGCUUCAGCUCCUCCAGCUGACACGCAAUUUUGUCUCCGUCCAACCCCAUGCCUCACCCACGAGUCGAUUCCGACGGGCCACCAACUCGGGCGCGCUCUCCACGCAUGGAAUCCUGCCCUUCUCACCUCCAGUUUCACCUGGACAGGACCUCAAUCUCCCGCGUGAAUCGGCCUCGACUCAUUCAUCACCAACAAAGAGUCAUGGAAGUCAUUCUCAUUCAGCACGAGGAGCUCACUCGCACCGAUCGUCGCCUGGUAAGCCCAAGUGGCACACUCAGCCCUAUAUGAUGUUCUUGGCUCUUCGGGCGAUGCCUAAUCGAACUGCUGCACGGCAGGAGUUGAUCCAUGCCGCUGUUGAGUUGGAUAAGAAGUUUUCUGCCGAGAAGGGUCUUCCACGUGUCUUUACUGGCAAAACGCCCAUGAACUCGGCAUCGGCCUGCUUGACGAACAACGGCGACAAGUACUUUAUCCCCUUCAAGCCUGAAGGAAGCAGGAGCACACAUUUCCGACUGGCAUACCAACCCUGCGACUUUGACACUGCUGUUGCGGAUUACUACGGCUGGAUGGAGGAGCUGAUCCGCCAUGAUUGGCCUCUCUGCUUUGGUGUUUCCAAGAGCAACGAAGAUGCUGUUACAGGACCAGCUGGCGACACGACGAUGACAGGCACGGUGACGGUCGACGGCGGUAGUGGUAGUCGACCGGACUUUGCGAGGGCCGAUUCGUCGGAAUCUAGGAAGCGUGGUCCGGACUUGAGAGAACUUGCGGAUGAGGAUCUGUUGAUGCAGCUCGCGUCCGGCAACAACAACAAUGUCGGUAGCGUCAGUAAGAAGAUCAAGGCUGCUGCUCCUGAGGAUGACAAGGAUGGUGCGGGUGUGACGGAAACAGUGCAAGCUUCUUCGUUCGCACUGGAUGAGAUCAGCAGUCUUGACUACUACCACUUCAAGACUCUCAACAGCAGCAGUGGUAGUGCCAAGGCGAUGAGUGUGGGUGUGCGACGACUGGAUGUGGAUGCUGCUGGGCGACUGGAUGAACCCAACUCGUGUCCUCCCACACCUGCGACGGCUACAGCUUUGGCUCUUGAACGAGGUCUGAACCUAAACGAUUCACCUUUGAUCAACAGCAACACUAACUACAACACAGUGGUGAAGAAGAGACAGCAGGAGGAUCUGGAUCUGAGUCGUGUGCCAAAGUCGCUGGCGGAAGUUGUGGAGGUGAAGGCGUCCAAGAUCCCCAACGCUGGAAAGGGACUCUUUGCCAAGAUCGACUUGCCCGCAGGAACACCGUUGGGCUUUUAUUUCGGGAUGCCAAUUUCAGAGAACGAGUUUGAUUCGUUGAAGGAGGGCGUGGGUGCGGCGUCUCAGUAUGCGAUCAUGUACCGACGAACGGUUUUGGAUGCCACGGACGAGCAAGGUAUGCCCUUCAAACUCGAUAGUACCACCUUGCCGUGGGAACAACAACAGCGGAUCGUGGUGGAUGGCCAGGUCGAGGGGCAGGAGUUGUUGUGCCCGUUCAACGUUCUGAACGAGGACUUGGACGGCAAUGUGUCGUUGAUUACUGGAAGUGUCGUUAACCAGGUCAUCUGUACGACGAACCGAGACGUCAAGGAGGGCGAAGAGUUGGUUGUCUUUUUUGCGAGGGAUUCUGAACGCCAUUGGCCUGUACUUGCCACCCCCCCUCCUCCUACACCUUCUGCUCAUGCGCCUGUGCCUAAGACUGUGAAACCUGUGGUAGCCGGGGCGGCGCCUGCGACGUCUAAUGCAAAGACGACACGAAAGGCGGCUGCGGCUGCUGCUGUGGUGGCUGCUGUCAUUGCAGCGGGGGAGGUGUCUGAGGGAUCUGAAGGGUCUGGAGUUGAAGCUGGCCGAUGGAGUCACGAUUCUGCGUCCCCAAGUGGUCGGCCGCGUCGGGAUACUGUCUAUAAGCCCGUGCGGUAUUCUCGGUAG